UUUAUAUAAUACUGAGUUUUAGCGAAAGUAAAUAUGGAUGAAAACAAAUCGUUAGAAAAUGCUAGUGAAAAAGCUAAAUCCAAAAAGAAGACAUUUUACCAGCACUAACUAGGGUGGAAUUUGAUAUUUGUGCAGCGAAAGCAAAAUUUAAAAAAUAAACAAAAUCUUUAACGCUGCGAUAAAAAGGGGAACCCCACUGAAAUUGAAUCCAUGCAUACGCAUGUAGAAAAUAAUUUCCUCGUCUUGCAGAAAUAUUCUCGUACAAGGCAACGGCAACACGGAAGUGAUCCAACGAUAUCUACAAAUGAUCUUUCGCAAAAAUUCGAGGCACUCAAAAUAUGUGAUGCAUCUGUUAAAAAGAAUCGUAUUUUUGGUUUACAACCAAAUUUCGGAAAAUUCAAGCCUGUAAUUUUUCUUUCUCAAUAUUAUCUAACGGAAGAAAUAAAAUUGGCUCAUAGUAAAAAUUUCGCUCCACGUUUUUUGACUAAAAACAAACCAUUUUUGAAAGACUUCUUAGAUUGUUGUCAACUUCAACCUGAUUACGUAAAAGAAAAACUAAGAAUGAUGCUACAAAUCGAAGAUAUACAUACUAUGCAGCUUUAUUGUAAAUUAUAUCAAACAAAUUUGACGAUAAACGAUUCUGGUUACUUACUAAGCUUCGAGAUGCAAAAGCAGAAAAAUUGCAAUUUCAUGGAUAUAGUUAGUGUGAAAAUGGAUGAGGUUGUCUUUGUACCUCUAUUGAGCACAAGGGAGGCGAAAAACCAAAUUCGUUACCCUGUAGAUCUAUUGCAGGUCCAUAAACAUGAAUAUGAAAGUGACGCCGAUAUUAGACGUCAUGUUAGAACGUUAGAAAAAUUUGAAAAAGAUACAGCGUAUGUUAAUAAAUACGAAAACAUAAAAGAAAAAAAUAAUGAAAAGAAAAAGAAAUCACCAAAACCACCACCACCUUUUGAUUUAAAAAAGAAAUAUAAUGUAAUUAUACGUCCCAAUCGAUACAAUUUUCGUGUUCAAUAUCGUGCAUUGGAAUUGCUUGAUAAGGUUGGUACGAAAUACAUUUUUCCCACUAAAAGUUUGCCAAAAGUGGAAGCCGUCAACAAUUUUAAUUUGGAAAUCAUCAAUGAACACAUAUGCGAAAAUCCCGAACAGUUACAAGCUGUGCGGCGAAUUGUUAAUGGUGCAAAUCCCUACGCUCCAUAUAUAAUCGUUGGUCCGCCAGGUACUGGCAAAACAACAACAAUCGUAGAAGCCAUACUACAAAUUUAUAUACAUGAACCAAACUCACGUAUUUUGAUUACAACAAGUUCAAAUUCGGCUUGCGACACUGUUACACUAAAAAUAUGCGAAUACUUUGAAAAUAAUCAAAAACUAAUUGAAAUAUCCGAAAAGCGUAACGGUUACGACCUAAAUUCCAAACCUAAAAUACCUCAAAAUAUAUUACGGGUAUUUUCGAAGUCAUGGAUCAAAAGAUUUGGCAUUAAAAAUUUGAAUCCUAUAUUGCGUUGCAAUUCGAAUAUCUGUGAUGAGAACUGUUCCUGGCCCUCUGUUCACGUUUUGCAAAAUUAUAGCAUGAUUGCUGUUACACUUUCUUCCAUGGGUCAUUUACUCACCGGAAUAGAAGGACAUUGGCCCUUUACGCACAUUUUUAUAGAUGAAGCGGGAGCUGCUACUGAAAUAGAAACACUAAUUGCUAUAACAAGUGUUGACACAAACAAAUGUCGAGUUAUCUUGUCAGGCGAUACAAAACAAUUGGGUCCCGUGGUGAUGUCAAAAGUUGCUAGUAAAUGUGGACUUAAGCAUUCACUUAUGGAACGUUUACAAGCUUGUGACUAUUACAAGGUUGAAAAAGAUGGCACAUACGAUGAUGGUGCACAAACACGUUUACGUCGAAAUUAUCGUUCACAUCCGAACAUUUUGCAAUUGUUUAAUCAUUUAUACUACAAUGAUGAAUUGAUUGCUGAAGUUGAAAUGGGUAGUCUCAUAAAUUUCAAUAAUCUAGCGUUUCUCAAAAAUAAAAAAUUUCCCAUAAUUUUCGAAUCUGUAUAUGGUACUCUCAGUCAGGAUAUAACAUCAUGCAGCUCGUAUAAUAAACAAGAAGCUUAUAAAGUUAUCAGCAUUAUCACGAAAUUGAAAGAUCAUGUCGAUCUUAAUAAAAUUGGGGUGAUAUCACCUUAUAGAUUACAAUGUGACCGAUUAAAAGAUAUGUUGCGCAGACGAAACUUGCAAGGUAUUGAAGUUGGUACGGCGGAAAUUUUUCAAGGUCGAGAAAAACAUGUCAUCAUCACAUCGUUUGUUAAAUCAUUUUGCCAUUUGGGCUUUGUAACGGAUCCACAGCGUUUGAAUGUCAUGCUGUCGCGAGCUCAAUCGUUGCUUAUACUCGUUGGAAAUCCCAAAACAUUGGCGAAAAACAAUGAUUUCAUGUAUCUCAUUGAGGAGUGCAAGCGCAUGGGUACAUUUCAUAAAAAUAAAUAAAAAUUAACUAAUUGAAAAAUAGCCUUUGAAAGGUAUAUUUUGCCAACUUUUGUACGUAUAUUUUUUUCUUUCUUUUUUUUUACAUAAGCAUAAACAUAUUUUAAUCGAAUUGUUUUACUAACGGAUG